GUGGUGGCCGCGGCGGAGGGGGCGGCGGUGGCCGCGGCGGCGCCGUUCCGCGCGCAGUCCUCGGAGCGGGGUCCGGGCUGUGCGAGAUCUGGUGACGGCGCUGCGACCCCGGCUGGUGUCCGACUCCGGGUCGCCUCCCAAGCCGCCCCCCGGGCCCCGCGACCCCUCCCCCGCUGGCGGGGCCCGGACUGAAGAUGGUGCAGAAGAGAACCGCCGAACUUCAGGGCUUCCACCGUUCGUUCAAGGGGCAGAAUCCUUUCGAGCUGGCCUUCUCCUUAGACCCUACCCAGCACGGGGACACUGACUUCAGCCCACAGUGUGAGGCCCGACCUGACAUGCCCUCCAGCCAGCCCAUCGACAUCCCAGAUGCCAAGAAGAGAGGCCGGAAAAAGAAGCGCUGUCGGGCCACAGAUAGCUUCUCGGGCAGGUUUGAAGAUGUCUACCAGCUUCAGGAGGAUGUGCUGGGGGAAGGGGCCCACGCGCGUGUGCAGACCUGUGUCAAUCUGAUCACCAACCAGGAGUAUGCUGUCAAGAUCAUUGAGAAGCAGCUGGGCCACAUCCGCAGCAGGGUGUUCCGGGAGGUGGAGAUGCUGUACCAGUGCCAGGGACACAGGAAUGUUCUCGAGUUGAUCGAGUUCUUUGAGGAGGAGGACCGUUUCUACCUGGUGUUUGAGAAGAUGCGUGGCGGGUCCAUUCUGAGCCACAUCCAUAGAAGGCGUCACUUUAACGAGCUGGAGGCCAGUGUGGUGGUGCAGGACGUUGCCAGUGCCCUGGACUUCCUGCAUAACAAAGGCAUUGCCCACAGGGACCUGAAGCCAGAGAACAUUCUGUGUGAGCAUCCCAACCAGGUCUCCCCCGUGAAGAUCUGCGACUUCGACCUUGGCAGUGGCAUCAAACUCAAUGGAGACUGUUCCCCCAUCUCCACGCCGGAGCUGCUCACCCCGUGCGGGUCAGCGGAGUACAUGGCCCCAGAGGUGGUGGAGGCCUUCAGUGAGGAGGCUAGCAUCUACGACAAGCGCUGCGACCUGUGGAGUCUGGGCGUCAUCCUCUACAUCCUGCUCAGCGGCUACCCGCCCUUCGUGGGCCACUGUGGCAGCGACUGUGGCUGGGACCGCGGGGAGGCCUGCCCUGCCUGCCAGAACAUGCUGUUUGAAAGCAUCCAGGAGGGGAAGUACGAAUUCCCUGACAAGGACUGGGCCCACAUCUCCUUCGCUGCCAAAGACCUCAUCUCCAAGCUGCUGGUCCGAGAUGCCAAGCAGAGGCUGAGUGCUGCCCAAGUCCUGCAGCACCCCUGGGUGCAGGGGUGUGCGCCAGAGAACACCCUGCCAACACCCUUGGUUCUGCAGAGGAACAGCUGUGCCAAAGACCUCACGUCCUUUGCAGCUGAGGCCAUUGCCAUGAACCGGCAGCUGGCCCAGUGCGAGGAGGACGCCGGGCAGGACCAGCCUGUGGUCAUCAGAGCUACCUCACGCUGCCUGCAGCUGUCCCCACCCUCGCAGUCCAAGCUGGCCCAGAGGCGCCAGAGGGCUAGCCUGUCGGCCGUCCCAGUGGUCCUGGUGGGGGAUCGUGCGUGACCCCCACCCCCUUGUACAUACGCCCCGGGGGCCUGAAGGCUAGGGACCUGGACGCCCUUGCUGUCCCAGGCCCCGGCUCAGCUGGGUCCUACUAGCGGUGUAGGGAUCUGUUGAGAGGUGUUUUCUUUUUCUCCCCUCCUCACCCUGCCCCCGCCUACUUGGCUUUGUUUUGUUUGUGUUCCUUUUGCCGCUAUUGAAAGCAAGUGCCCAGAGGAGGGCGGAGGGUUCAGCCAUGCCAUGCGGCCUGCACCCCGCGAUGCUCGCCUGUCAACUGUGAAGGUCCUGCCACCUGCGCCCCCACCUCCACUCCAGCCACUCUGCUGUCUUCCAGGGCUGGGGAUCCCGCAGGGUCAGCACCCACACCUCUCCCUAACCCUCAGUAUUGUCAGGGACAGGUCCUCCUGUGAGCACAGUCUUUCUGUCUCCCCAAUAGAGCACCCUUGGGUCUGGGGCAGGGGCUCUCUGUCUUGGAUAGAGACCUCUGGGUGGGGCAGGUGGAUAGGGACAGCAUACUUGACUGAUCCCUAGUCCCCAAGGGACCUGCUGUGUCCCCUAGAGGGUUGACAAUCAGAAGCCCCUCCCAGGCUGCUUAGCUCCUUCCCCUGGGACAGGCCUGUUGCUCCCAACCCCAGUUCCCAGGGGCAGAGAUGGAGGGGGACCCUGCAACUAGCUAGCUUCAUCGGGGCAGGAGAGGUGCUGGACAAGGCCCGCAUCAGCAAACAUGGGGUUCCCGUAUGUCUCCCCAUCCAGGGCACCUGAGUGCCCUUCUCAGGGCUCAGCCUGACCACGGCCGCUUCCUGCCCCAUGGUAUCCCUGGGUCUGGGGUUCCUUUAAGCCCUCCCAGCUGCUUCUGUUACCCAGAGCUGCGGCCACACCCAUGAGUCCCUCACCUUCCCUAGGGUCUGCCUGCUUUCAGGGUCGAAGCUGCCUUGGCCUCUCACUGGGCACCCAGGAAAGGCUGGGAAGGGGUGUGGUGAGCAUGCAGUGUCCAAACCUAACUGCCCGAGGCCUGCGGACUGUUCUAGCCACGAACUACUAUGCAAUACGAGUUCCCAUUUUCUCCAUGGCCCUGCUGGUCAGGGGCGGCUGCCGGGGCCGGGCCACCCUGCCCUGCAGCUGCUCUGCUCAGGUGUCUACAGGGCAGCCCCUGGCCUCAGAAGUCCUUGGUCAGGGUUGUUUGUCGCAUUUAGUUUAGGUUUUUUAGAUUUGACUUGCUUCCCUGUGCUUGAAGAGUACUUGAAUGUUGGGGUCUGGUGGGCGGGGCCACUGCCCAGCUCCCUGCUCCCCUCUCAUAGGAUCGUCACAGUAGGGGUGACAUGCCAUCUGUCCUGCCCUGCCUGCCUCUGUGGACACAUUUCCAAAGACCCCCGGGAGGCUGGGGUCCCACCAGUCGCCCCGGUUUCACUCCUCGGCAUGAAUGGGCUGUCGGGCACCUGACUGGACAGUGGGCAUCGGUGGGCCCUCCCCAGGGCAGGGCUGUCUUUCCCUCUGUCCCUCCAGGCCUGACCUGGAGGGCGGGUCAGACCCUUAACUGUGAAUGAGCUGUCCUGGGUGGCUUGGCCACAGACCAUGCUGAAACCUGGAGACCCUGUUGCAGAGUGGGGGCAUGCAAGCACUUUCAGCUCCAUCGACCAGGUGACCCCACCACUCUGGACUCCUUUCUCACCGCCUGUCAACGCCAGGAUUUUGUAUCUUGUUUUGUAAGGAUUUAAUAAAAGUCAUUUAAAAAUC